CUCACGAGGGCCUCAACCAGCCUCGACUCGUUUUGCUCUGCGGCUGCGCCGUUUUCAGAGCUCCAGCUGCAGACUCUUGCUUACUUGCAGGGACCUUGCGCAACCCCCUUUUUCGUCUCUGUCUUCAUAACCGUCGUCGUCCGCACACCUGAUUCUCCCUCGCAACUGCCAACGAUCUGGCAUACCUGUCCGAGCCUCCUCUGCACAGGAGAGAAGCUCUGCCUCUCUCUGCCCAUCGCGACGCCUCUGUCCCUCUUCAAAAUAGCCGCCAUGGUGUCCUUUUGGCCUUGGAAGAGCGACGACUCCUCGCCGGCCUCAUUCGAAAAGGCUCUCUCGGCCCUCUCGAAAAGGAUCACAACCACUCAGUCUCGCCUAGAAUGGACCCGCCUGCGGUCCCGCAAGAUCAAGCUCCUGGGCACUCUAUACACUUCCUUUGCCUACCUCGUCAGCGUCAUCGUUCUGCUCCUGGUUGUGGGAUAUCCAAACCUCGGGCCUUGGGAAUGGACGGGUAUGGCUGGAGGACCCGUUCUCAUCUACACAACUCGCCUCGUCAUCACGAGCUACUACAAUUUCCGCAUCGACAGCCUCGAAACCAAGCUCAAGGCCCUUCAAGAAGAGCGCGGCAAGACGAUUCAGAAGCUCAAGGAUGCGACCAAAUAUGACUCCACCAUGGAGCUCAUUGAGAAAUACGGUGGGCCUGAUGGAAGACCGCGCAGCAGACAGCAGGAGGCGCCCGAGGAACCACAAGACGCCAAAAAGCCGCAGCAAGGCUCGUGGACGAUGCCGGAUCGCAUUCACAUCUCGCCUCCCCCAACAGCCAACGUUCCUCGCCGAGACAUCUCCCCCGCUUCGCUUGCUCCCAGCAGCCGACCCGUGACGCCGCUGGCCCAGAGCGUCGGCUCCCUCGACACCACGGCCGAGUUUGCGCCCAACGCUUUUGGACAUGCUCCUCCUCCCCGGCCUCAGUCGGCGCAGAGCCAGCAGAUGUACAGCAUGCCGCCUCCGGCCCCCUCUGAGCCUCACUGGUACGAUCGCAUCUUCGACGUCCUCCUGGGUGAGGACGAGACGGCCGCCAAGAAUCGCAUCGUGCUGAUAUGCCGUUCCUGUCGUCUGGUCAACGGACAAGCACCUCCCGGCACUAAGAGCCUGGGCGAAAUGGGCAUGUGGAAGUGCAUGGGCUGCGGGACGCCCAACGGCGAACUGGAUGAAGGGAAGCGCAUCGUAAGAGAAGUCCUCAAAUCACACGAGAAAGAAAAGGACGCGAGCUCAAGCAAAGCGCCAACGACGCCGGAAACUGACGAUGGUGGUAAACAAGCCGAGGACAGCGAGCUCUCAAGUUCCCAUGCCGACGGCCCCGCAGCUUCAGUCAAGGCCAGGAGAUCGACGAGAUGUAAGAAAUAAAUGGCUGCGGAUGGCUCUGCAACGCGGUAGGCGUAUUGGCGUCUUGCAGGCUGAAACAAAGGCCUAAAGCAGGGAAGAGAAAGGAGCGUUGAUCAAGAGAAAGGAUUCCCCUCACUGGGGAAGUCCUAGCUUGAGAAAAAAAGAGAAAACAUGAUUCGAAAGCUGAGGAGAUUGAG